AUGCCGUUCGUCCUCCGCAAGGUUUCUCUCUCUGCCGCAAAGCGCCUUUACUCUGCUUCAGCCUCAGCAGGUCUCCGCAUCAAUGCCGACAGGCUACAAGAAACAAUCCACCACACAUGCCAAUGGGGAGCUGCUCAUCGAUACGGGAGCGGCCCAACGGAGACGGGCAUGUCUCGUCUCUCGCUCUCCGACGAUGAUGCCCAAGUCAGGCGCUGGUUUGCCGAAGAGACGAAGAAGCUGGGAUGCAGCCUCGUUGUUGAUGAAUUAGGCAACAUGUUUGCCAGCAGACGUGGAUCUUUGCCAAAGCCCACUCCCAUGAUAGCCAUGGGAAGCCAUCUGGAUACUCAGCCUCGAGGUGGCCGAUACGACGGCAUCUUGGGCGUCGUCGCGGCUGUUGAGGUCUUGCGGACUCUUGCGGAGAAUGGAUACAGCACACAUCACGACGUAGGAAUUGUCAAUUGGACAAACGAAGAAGGUGCUAGAUUUCCCAAGUCCAUGAUGGCAUCCGGUGUAUGGGCCGGCAAGAUUCCUCUCAAACAGGCCUACUCUCUGCCUGACAUCUUCGACCCCUCAGCCACCGUCAAAUCCGAGCUGCAAAGGCUUGGCUACAUUGGAGACAUCGCCUGCUCUUCAACCGGAUAUGCCUUGGGCGCCCACUUUGAGCUCCACAUCGAACAAGGGCCAAUCCUCGAAGAAUCCGGCAAGAAGAUUGGCGUCGUCCAGGGCGGCCAGGCCUAUCGCUGGUUCACUGUAACCGUCAGCGGCCGCGAUGCUCACACCGGAACAACUCCCUUCAAGUCACGCAGCGACCCACUGCUAGCAGCAUCCAAGAUGAUAGUGUCGUCCAACGCCAUCGCAAAGAAGCUCGGCGCCCUGGCGUCCACCGGCGUUUUUAAAAUCCCUCCAAGCUCUUCCACCAACACCAUCGCGUCAAACGUGACUUUUACGCUGGAUAUCCGCCACCCAGACGAUGCUGUGGUCGAUGAGGUACAGCGCCUCUGCACCGAGUCCUUCCAAGCCAUCGCCGAAGAAGACGGCCGUGGUGUGAAAGUCGACAUGAGUCUCGAUACCGACUCCCCCGCCACGAAAUUCGACCCGGACUGUAUCAAGAUGGUGGAAAAGGCGGCGACAAAGCUGGUGGGCGCCGACGGAUGGCUUCAUAUAACGAGUGGAGCGGGCCACGACAGCGUCAACACAAGCAGCCGAUGCCCCACGACCAUGAUCUUUGUUCCCUGCAAAGAUGGCGUCAGCCACCAUCCAGAGGAAUACUGCAGCCCAGAGGACUGCGCUCUAGGAGCCCAGACUCUCCUCGAAUCAGUCAUCAACUACGACAAGUUUAAAGCAGGCCAAUAG